UGCACGAUGCUGACCCUGUUGGCCAUGUAAUUUGAUAGGUACUUUCUCUUGCUGCCAUAUUCUCUAUCAUCCACACGUUACCUGAUACGUUUGUGCUUGCACGCGUGACGUAUGUAACACUUUCCACUCUCGAGCCACAACAACUUGCCUUUCGUAGCUAACUAGGUGUUGAUGGUGGGAGCCCGUGAUGUAGCUUCCUGUCUCCAUUGCACAUCAGAAUUUCCCCUUUUGCCCGCCCACUUUCAUUUUGUGUGAUGCAGUGGGCUGUUUCACUUCAGUCUGUCUCAGUCUCUUGAUGGUGUAUGUUCGACUCCCGAGUCAAUGUAGCUUGUUGAUUUUUCCAGCCACCCACAACAGUGAAUAUUUUACAGUGGUAAUCUGACCAAGAAGACUGUAUUUAUUAGUCAUCUCAAAGCAGCCAACCUAUGAAGGUGCUGAGUGGUCACGGCGUGCCCAAAUCGUUGACCCAAAGUAGCAUGGACCCAAUCAGCAUGCCAGCCACAACCGUUCCUCUGAAUACGGGACUCUCCCUUAGUCAGCAAACCAAUGGCAAUCUUGCCAGCAUCUCCCACACUGGGAACAUGAAUAUUAACCAAAGGCGCUGGAGAAGCAUCUUUCAACGUGUUCAGAAAAAGAACAUUUAUAUCAGGAAGGAUUUAUAUCAGGAAAAGGAUUUAUAUCAGGAAAAAGGUGAUCAUACCAAGAACACACUGUUUGGACGACCCCUGUCGGAAAUCUGUCAGAAAGAUGGGUCUCCUCCAGAACCAAUUAUGGAUAUCCUAACACUGCUGCAGAGAAAGGGUUUGUACACUGAGGGGGUGUUCAGGAGGACUGGAAACACCAAGGCUGUGAGGGAGAUCAAGGCGCAGCUCAAUGAUGGUAUACAAGUGGAUCUGAAGGAGCAGCCUGUGAUUUGGCUUGCUGAUCUCAUCAAGGAUUUUCUCAGACAUCUGCCUGGUGGUUUGCUAAUAUCAGAGAAGUACAAAGACUGGAUGGAUGCAAUGGAAAAGGAAGAUGAAGAUCAGAAGUGUGCUGAAAUUAAAAUGCUGAUCAACACACUGUCUGUGCCAAACAUUCAGCUCUUGAAGCACCUGAUUGUCUUACUGUACUUCAUAAGUGAGAACGCAGAUACAAACAAGAUGGUUUCCAUCAAUCUGGCCACAUGUGUUUCCCCAAACCUGCUCCAAACUGGCAGCAACAUAGCGAAGAUGGAAGAGGUGACGAAACUAACAACUUUCCUUAUUGACAACUGCCGUGAGAUUUUUGGUGAAGAUGCGCUGAUGCUCUAUGGAGACUCCGAUGAAGAUGAACUCAGCGAUAACCAAGACUCUUUUUCUUCGCACCAUCACGACUCUGCGUACGACAGUAAUGACCCCGACACAGACACCUACAAGGGCAGUUGUUCAGAUAUGGACUCUAUCAAAUCUGGAGUUAAGGAAAAAGCCCAGGAACCUGAAGAACCCUGGACGACUCAACUCCUGAUCCGCAGACGCUCAGAACCAACGUUUAACUUCACCCAGACGGUUCAGCAGCACCUCUCCAGCAGCCAGACGGAAGUGGAAUUUCAUGAAAAACUGUUAAAAAAGCAGAUCUCCGAUGACUGUAUUGUGUUCAGGGCAGGAAACAGCUUGGGGAAAAGCUGUGGUUUGGCGCGAUCAAGCGCGUCCAGGACCACCUCCAGAGGCUGCUCAUAUUGUUCCUCGAGUUCACUGGAGAGCUGUUUUUCCAGCGCUUCAGAAAGCUCCAUCCAGAGCAGUCCUCCUCUCCUGCCUUCGUGCAAAAAAAACCUUCAACGCAAACAUUCCUUCCCUACACCAACCCGCUCAGAAACCCCCAGAAAACGCUCGCAGUCAAUGAAGAGUGCACACCUCAGGAGCAGGACUGUUUUCGGGCGAAGCGGCUCCACCAAACGAGCCAUCGAAAGAACCUUAAGAGAAAGCGAGACUCUCCCAGAGGUGCUGAAUCCUCAACCGGAGUCCAGACGCUUGUCCAGCGAUGAGGUUUUCCAGCAGGUGGACAGCAGGAUACCAAGCAGCCCUCCGAGUUAUCAGCAAGCCGUUCAGAACAAUUCCCCUGUAGCUCUUUCCAGUUGCAGAUCGCUGACUGUUCAGGAUGCCAGAUGUCUGUCAAAGCAAACGUGCAGCGGCUCCAGAUCUUCGAGUGAGGAGACUUUGGAUUUCUCUUCUGGACUUGCUGAUAUCCACAACAGAGACAAUGCUGAGGCAUGCUGUGAUGAUAUGAGUGGAUCCUCCUCAUGUUUGAGACAGAGGUCCUCAUCUGAAUCUAUGUAUGAAGAACACAUCAGAGAGUCAUACGUCUGAUGAACUGUUCAUGUUUUUGUUUAUUUCUCUACUUUUUGAAUGCAGCCUCAUAAUGAGGGAUUGGUAUUUCAGGUGUUUUGAAUGUAACUCAGGGAUAAUGUGCUCAAUGUGUUGAGUUUUAUUUUCAUUACACAGAUUUUUUUGUGAUGUUUUGUACCCACUGUAUGACAAAAUUGUUGUUUUUGAUUGAAAAGCACUUUGAGGAAGUUUCACUACACAGGUUCACAGUUUUUGAAUUUUCAGAAACAAAGUGGAUGCUUA